UGAAUCACUUUUUUUUUUUCUUUUUUUCUUUUUAGGUUACUUGCUUGGCACAUGUUUACUUCCUAUCUCUUAUUUUAUUUGACUCGUUUGACUAGAGUAUUAUGAUAAGACAUCGAAUUUCUUAUUUUUCACACAUUAGCUUCAAGAUAUUUUUAAGCAAAACAUGCUAUUGGACAUGAUUAAAGAAGAAAAUUAUAUAAUAUAAGUCUUAGCCCCUGCUUGGGAUGAAUUUAUAAAUGGUUUAAUUUAUAAAUAGGUAGAAACGAGUGGUGGAUAAGUGGAUAUUCCUUGUGAGUCGAUUAAAACGUGUGAUUGAAAAUGAAAGUUGACAAUUUAUAAAUGAUUUAUAAAUUUGCCAAAUUGAAGCUUAAUUAUUUUGUAGAAUCUUGAUUGGGUCGCUUAGGUUUUUGAUAGUGCGACUUUGACUUGUCGUAGCUUGCGUCGAGCUCGAAUGUAGAGUCUGAAGCCUUUAAGCCUAGAUAAGUCUGCACUUGUAAUUCGUCAUUUUUAAUAAGUUGUAAAGAAAUCAAGUAGUAGGAAAAUGACACUUUGGUUGUAUAUAUACAAAACCAUGUGUUUGAGGAAAUUGAUAAUGAAGUCAUUGUACAAUUUUUUCAAAUUAUGAAAACUAGUAAGGAACAAUAGUAAUAAACUACGAGAUUUUUAAUGCCAUUAUAUUACUGUCCUAUUUGAGAAAAAAAAUCUUAAUUAAAUGUUACCCACACUAGGGUGAGCUUUUAUAUCGUGUCUGUCUUUAUUUUCACUGUGUUUGCCAUCACUGUCUAUUUCAUUGCAGAUGAUUACAAAGAAUUUUGAAGAUUAUCCUGAGCACCGGCUCAAGUUUUUUUCAUUACUUCGUGCCAUUGCUACACAUUGUUUUCCUGCUCUGAUCCAGUUGUCCAGUGAGCAAUUAAAGCUUGUUAUGGAUUCCAUCGUUUGGGCUUUCCGGCACACUGAAAGGAACAUUGCUGAAACUGGACUUAACCUUUUAUUGGAGAUGCUAAAAAACUUUCAGGCUUCUGAGUUCUGCAAUCAGUUCUACAAAACCUAUUUUUUGACGAUAGAGCAAGAAAUUUUUGCUGUUAUAACGGACACCUUCCAUAAGCCCGGUUUUAAAUUGCAUGUACUAGUGCUGCAGCACUUGUUCUGCCUGGUCGAAUCCGGUCUUUUGACUGAGCCUUUAUGGGACGUUGCUGCAGUUCCUUACCCGUAUCCAAACAAUGCCAUGUUUGUUCGUGAGUACACCAUUAAACUUUUGAGCUCGUCUUUCCCCAACAUGACAGCAACUGAGGUGACCCAAUUUGUAAAUGAACUCUUUGAGUCGAGGGCUGACCUUUCUGCAUUCAAGAACCACAUACGAGACUUUCUCGUUCAAUCGAAAGAAUUUUCAGCUCAGGAUAACAAAGAUCUUUAUGCUGAGGAAGCUGCUGCUCAGAGAGAGAGGGAGCGACAGAGGAUGCUCUCAAUCCCUGGACUCAUUGCACCCAAUGAGAUUCAAGAUGAGAUGGUGGACUCAUAAGUGCUGGCAAAUCUUGCGCCCGAGACUACAUUUUUGGAUUUCAACUUUUGAGAAUUAGGUCUGGGCUCCUGUGAAUCCAUGAUCAUACAUUUCACUUUCCAUAUGUAUUUUGCUCUCCAUGUUAUAGUGUCUUCGGCAAUUUGACUUUGAUUGUGUGGUGAUUGGUGGAGGUGUCCAGGCACGCGGUUUGGUUCUGAAGAAAUCACGUGCUGGUUGGUUGUAGAGUAAUCAAAUUCUAGUGUAGGGUUACAGCAUAUCAUUGUUAUGGAUCCUUGAAUCAUCUGUGACAUUGUAAUUCGGGACUAAUUUUGGACACUGUUAAAAUGGCCUUCUUAGGCGCCUAUCGACGACUCAGAAUAGGUUCAAUCCAAUGUAUACAAAGUUGGCAGAUUAUGCAGACAUACUGUUUGUCUAGGCAUUGGUAGUGUAGUUUUUGUAUUCUAGAAUUUAGACAUAUUCUUUUAGUGGUUACUUUAAAUUGUGGUUUGUGGCAACUUUGUUUGUUCAACAA